AUGAAGAGAGGAUCAAUGGGAUUUUUCUCAAGCUUCUUUUUAACUUGCUUGCUGUUAACCCUAUUCAGCAGCAGUCUGGCAAAAGCAGCAGUAAGCAAAACGAAUACUACAUCAUAUGAUGAAACAAUUGGUGGAUUGAUUGAAGACCAAGAAGAAGAAGAAUUGUUGUUUUUGGAGCAGAGGGUUCUUGUUUCAGGUCCAAAUUAUAUUUCUUAUAAAGGGUUGGAGAGACCACCGGUGUGCAAUGCAAAUAUCUACGGGAACUGCAUAAAGCCUAUAGGUAAGAAUUAUCGGCCUUGCACUGUUUAUACUCGUUGCAAACGCGGAGUCAAAUGA